UCUUGAACACAGAAACAAAUCCCUAUUAUUAUCUAAAUAAAAUAAUACCUUUUUAUACUAUGAUUGCUAUAUAAAUCCCUAUACAAAAACUAUUGUUUUGUCACUUUCCAAAGAACAGUUCAGUGGUUAAUCUUGCUAGUGCAAAGGCUAGAUCAACAAGGCGUUUCAUUGUAUCCUACGGGCAUUUCAGCUUACUCCCUUUUGCAUACCACAUCUGGUUAUGGUGAAAUUAGCCUAAAGGAAAGUGGCAUUUUCAAGCUGGCCUUGAAGCCAAUGAUAUGUUUUCUAACCCCCAAUUUCCAACAUUUGAAGCUCAAAUGAGAAUGAAUGAGUACCAUUUCAAGCUAAAUUGGAGCAAAUUUGUCUUGGUUAUAUUCUGUAUAAACCAAGAUAUUUAGAUUCAUGAUUUUUUCUUGGGUCUGUAGAAUUUAGUGAUAAUUCUGCUGUUACUUUUGUGAAAAAGGCUGCUGCUUUAAAUCUGAAAUGGUUCCUUUUGUUUUUGCUUCUAUUUAUUCCUACGCAUUCUAUUCAGUUGAUCACCAAGGAGGAAGGCUUGGAGCUUUAUGAAGAUAUGAUUUUGGGAAGAGCAUUUGAGGACAUGUGUGCUCAGAUGUAUUUCAGGGGAAAGAUGUUUGGUUAUGUUCACUUGUACAAUGGUCAAGAGGCUGUUUCGACUGGGUUUAUUAAGCUCUUGAAGAAGGAGGAUUCUGUGGUCAGCACGUAUCGUGGUCAUAUGCAUGCCCUAAGUAAGGGUGUCCCUGCUCGUGCUGUGAUGAGUGAGCUCUUUGGUAAGACCACUAGAUGCUGCCGAGGCCAAGGUGGGUCUAUGCACAUGUUUUCAAGGGAACACAAUUUGCUUGGUGGGUUUUCAUUUAUUGGGGAGGGGAUUCCAGUGGCCACUGGUGCUGCAUUCACAUCCAAGUAUAGGAGAGAGGUCUUGAAGGAGGCAGAUUGUGAUCAUGUAACAUUGGCAUUUUUCGGGGAUGGAACUUGUAACAAUGGGCAGUUCUUCGAGUGUUUGAACAUGGCAGCAAUAUGGAAGUUGCCAAUUGUGUUUGUUGUGCAAAAUAAUUUGUGGGCCAUGGCGAUGUCUCAUCUGAGGGCAACUUCUGAUCCUCAGAUUUAUAAGAAGGGACCAGCUUUUGGAAUGCUCGGCAUUCAUGUCGAUGGGAUGGAUGUUUUGAAGGUGAGGGAAGUGGCGCAGACAGCAAUUGCAAGGGCUAGAAGUGGAGAAGGUCCAACAUUGGUGGAAUGCGAGACAUAUAUGUUUCGCGAACACUCAUUGACUGGCCCUGAGGAGCUUUGUGAUCCUGCUGAGAAAGCUCACUAUGCCGCUAGAGAUCCCAUUGCUGCAUUGAAAAGGUACUUGAUUGAGAACAAUCCGGCCAGUGAAACAGAGUUAAAGGCCAUAGAUAAGAAGAUAGAGGAGUUAGUGGAAGAUGCUGUUGAGUUUGCUGAUGAAAGCCCUCAUCCACCUCGGAACCAGCUACUUGAAAAUGUGUUUGCAGAUCCAAAAGGUUUUGGAAUUGGACCUGAUGGCCGAUACAGAUGUGAGGAUCCAAAAUUCAUGGAAGGCACUGCUCAAUGUAAGAAGAGAGGAAUUGAGAGAGGACCUGGAGGAGGAGGAGAGACGCCCGGAGAUCCCUCCUUUGGUGAGGGUAUAAUAUCUCCAAUUUUCGAAUCUGCUCUUCCAUUGGCUUCUUGCCAGUUCCCCAAGAAGUUCACCAAGUAUCUCACAUCUGCUGAUGAAGCCCAUGACAGGGAUGUCUCUAUCCACUGGCAACCUUACUUUAGCUUGGAGAGCCUACUUUCAGAAGAGCCUUUGCAAUCAUCACUUGACCUUAUAGCUGGACAAAGCAGCAGUCAUCAUGCAGAGAUGGAAAAAGGUAGGCAAGUCAAGGAGCUAAAGGGGCAGGGAAGAUUACCUUAAAAACCCAAGUAUACACAGUGAGUUCUGGAAAUACCUCACUUAAAUUUGCUAUUAUCUCCCAAUUGAGGAAUGCUUUUGUGGGCAAGGAGAAACAGUUGAAUACAUCAAUGAAGUAAAAUAUUUGCU